AUGCCGUCCGGGGCGGUAGAUGUCCUCGACAGUGGCACAGCCUACCCGAAAGGGUACUCGAUGGAUGCUCCCAUCUACACCCAGGCAAUUCUUUUCCCAGCCUUCGCUUUCCCGGCAUGGAUACUCUGCGUUCCAGCAAUGGUCUGGCACUUCCGGCAAGCCAACAUUGCCGCUGGUUCAAACGUACUAUGGAUCAUCCUUCACAACUUCUUCAACUCCAUCAACGCUCUCAUAUGGCCGCGCGACAAUCUGCUCGAAUGGUGGGAUGGCAAUGUAUGGUGCGACAUCCAUGUGCGGAUCCAGGUUGCGAGCUACGUAGGCGUUGCAGCAUCUGCGGCAAUGAUCACGCGCAAGCUAGCUAGGGUCAUGGACACUCGCAACAUUACCGUCUCAAGCAGUCGCAACAGCAGGAUCAGAGAGAAGGUUUGGGAAUUAGUAUGGUGCUGGGGAGCCCCAAUGGUCCUGGCCAUUGUUUACUACGUCGUUCAACCGGCUCGCUACACCAUCUACGGCAUCGUGGGCUGUCAAUCUACCUAUGAUAAUUCAUGGCCAAGCCUCGUCCUGAGUAUCAUGUGGUUUCCAAUCACCAUGGCCUUUGCCACGUUUUGGUCGAUCCUACUUGUAUAUCGACUCUAUCGCUACCGAAAAGAGUUCCACAGCCUGGUCGUCGCUCAGAACACCACAACAUCUCGUUUUGUCCGACUCUUCAUUCUCAGCGUGACAAUCAGCCUGGUUUAUCUCACUUAUUCCAUCUACAUCACUGUUGAAGCUUCUUUUGUCCUGACUGAAUCGUACUCCUGGUCCUAUGUCCAUGACCCAGUCAGAUUCAACACCAUCAUUCACGUACCAGUGCAAGGCAAGGUCUCCUACGACAAAUGGAUCCAGGUGAUUACUGGAUAUGUUGUCUUUCUGCUCUUCGGCACUGGCGUUGAUGCAUACAACUUCUACAGAAAGGCCAUGGUCAGCAUGGGCCUAGGCAAAGUAUGGCCGAGUCUGCACGAGCCAAGACGGAAUGGGCAGCGAACGCCCUCGAGCUUUAUAGCUGCCAGAUCAUGGACCAGCAGUGUAUCGAGCAAGGCAAAAAGUUUGCUUUGGUCAUCCAAAUCUGAUUCCACCGCCUCGGUUGGCGAUGCGUACGCCGACUUUCCUCGCAGCAACUCUGUCGCCCUGGACUCUUUCCCGGCUGUGAGUAACGGCGAUGCCGAAACCGCACUGAUUACAGGAAACCAAGGUCAGACUGAAUCCUCUACCCCGCCGAUACGGCCGUCCUCCUUCAAGCGAUGGUUUGCUCGUUCCAAUAUUGGUGGUUCAGUGCUACCGUUAUUCAAUUACCGCAACAUCACUGAAGUUGCAAUCAAUGACACAGCCAAAUUGCCAGCCCCGGUCGCGUCGCCUGGUGUGCACGCCCACGUUUGGGCUGGCGAGGACGCUCCUACCGGGCGGGCUAGCGAGGGCGAAGGUGUUUUUGUCUCACGUGAAGUGUAUCAACAUCGACAUGACUUGCACGACAAAGAGAGUGACUCAAAUGCUAUCGAGGUUUGCGGUAACGAGCACUUCUACCUUGGGAGAGACACCGAGCUCUGUCGCUAUACGUGGUGUGACGAUCUUACCGUUUCUCGGCUGCAUCUGCGUAUCCACUGCAUUCUUUAUGAACAAGACCCGAUCUCUAACAUCGCACCCUUUGUAUAUGCGACUGACCUAUCAGCCAAUGGCACCUACUUGAAGAAGCGUGAUUCCGGAUCUGUUCCAUGCCAGGAUGAUGAGAUUCUCAUGGGCCGCAAUAACACCUUCCUUCUGGGUCAUGGGGACGAGCUCAAUAUCUCCGAUACUAUCACACUGAUCUACUUGUCGAAAAGUCCCGUGCAAUCUGUUGACAUGACACCUACCCAGGAAAUGGAAAUUCAAGCGUUCAGCUCGCGAUAUCUCGUCACUACCCGCAUGCUGGGUGAAGGCGGAUAUGGCAAGGUACUCGUGGGCGUAGUUCGAGAAACCCAAAAACAACUCGCUUGCAAAGUUGUCCGACUAGAUAGACUUCCUAUGAACACGGUGAGUUCGCCAAUAGCCGGUCGAGACCAGCAUGCGCCCCAGCCAAGGGACCGAUGUCAUCGAGAGUUCAAGAUUCUCAAAAAUCUUAGUCAUCCUAACAUUAUCGCCCUUGAAAAAGUAUUUUGCAGCCAUGACAACAUCUACAUAUUCCAGGAGCUCAUAACCGGCGGUGACUUGUUUUCUUUUCUUGAAUUCAAAGGCGGUCGUCUUGAUAGCACACAAGCGUCAGCUAUCGUUUUUCAAAUCUUGAAGGGGAUCGAGUAUCUACACAAACUAGGCAUUGUACAUCGAGACCUCAAACCUGACAAUAUCUUGAUGUCGUCACUAGAAGACACAACCCGCGUCGUCAUUGCCGAUUUUGGCAAUUCGCGAUUUCUUCCCUGUGAGAGCAACCAAGCCACUAAAUACCAACGAAUGUUUUCGCAUGUCGGCACUUUGGAAUAUGCAGCGCCGGAAAUUCACCACGCUAACCCAGUCAUUCCGGCGGGAAAUGGGUACUCGAAGAGUGUAGAUAUGUGGUCUGUCGGCUCGCUCACAGCUACUAUCCUCUCAGGCGAUCACUUGUUUACCGAUCGCAAUCAUCCUGACUACCAUAAGAAUCCACAAGGCGUCAUUGUGGGGCUCGUAGCCAUCUGCGACUUGAGCGCUCUUCACGAUGAACAUCAUCCAUCAUGGAGGCUGAUCGGUCUUCACCCAAAGGAUUUCGUUAGGAAGCUGCUGGUACUGAAUGAAGAAAGCAGGAUGACGGCUACUAAGGCUCUGAACCAUUCUUGGUUUACAUCUCAAUCGGAGAGCCUUGAAAAGCAGUAUGCCUCCUCAAUUGCGAACUGGAAACCUCAAAAAAGAGACCUUCAGCUUGUCGAAGACAUAAGCAGGCUCUUGCCUAACUCUGUGAUCAACGAUUUUGAUACAACCGCUUACCUAACUUCAAAAGAUCCAGUUGUUCGGUCGCCUUACCCAAAACAAGUCUCGAGCUCGCCAAUAGUCCGAAAUGAAACCCCAGAUGUGGAUGACCAUGCACGCGCGAGAUGUGAUAAGAAAUGUUGUUCGAAACACCAAGAGUACAUACCUGCAAUCAACAGCGAUCUACAGUCUUACCAGAAUUCAAUCCUUCUAGCCGCUGAGAGAGAGGAUGGGUCUUACCGGCACAGAAAGCAUGUUUGCAAGCGUGGAAUGCCAUCUAAGAAACGUAGCAAGCUCGUUGGUAGCCUUAUCCUCCAUGGCUCGUUUUGUGGAGCUGUGCCCGAUAUGUAUAAAAGCAGUGCAAACGACAGUGGGAAUUUUAUUGAUUUGGUUCAUGUCAGCAACACACCGAUUGAAGAACAGGUGCGCCACGGGGAAAAAAUCGAACGAAAAUGCGAAAGAAAUACCAAGUUGUACCCAGACCAGUGUACGGACCAGGCUUCACGGCAGCUGGCGGAGCAGACACAUGAUUCGGUUCUAGUACCCGAAACACCCCCAGAAUUGCUCUUCAUGGACCCGCGAUUGUAA